AUGCUUUUACUAUUCUUGAUACACGUAAGUUUUGGGCUCCUCUGUGAGAACAUGUUUGAUCAAGCCUAUGAUCUCAAAGAUGUUAUCGCUCAACAAAUUAUUCCAGAAAAUUUGAGCUCAGAGUAACCUUUAUUUAGUUGCAUUUUGACAUAUAUUCAAAAAGGAUCUUGGGAUGAAGCUGAGUAUUUAAUCUCUAAAGCGGACGAAUCUAAAGUCGAAUUAAAAUCAGUUACAAAUUUCUUGCAAAACUAUAAGAGAUAUUUAGCAAGAUUGUCCAACUUAUUUAAUGUAGAAAAAGAUCCACAAUUAAUAAGACCAAGCUUCAGAUGGGCACAGUCAACGACUCAUAUAUAUCUUGAUAUCAAAUUUUCUCACAGAAUGGAUGCUGCAGGAUGCAAUGAAGUUUAUGAUAAAGUUAUUGAUGUGAAAAAUGAUCAUAUUGAGUUUAUGGCUAAGUGCAUACAUUCAAACCAUAAGCUAAAGUUUGAGCUUUAUUUGCCACUUUUUGAAGCCAUUGAUCCUGAAGGAACUGAGACUAAUGAAAUCUUGACUGGAAGAAUAGAAAUUAAGCUUGCUAAAACAACAGCGCCUAGUGUAUGGCCACAGGUUUAUUCAGGAGAAAAGCCGUCAAGUAUGUCAACUUGGUGGGAUAUGCAAGAGCAGUUUAAAGAAGAAAUAAAACUAUUUCAAGAAGCAACACCUUUAAGUUAA